UGUAGUUCCCGGAAUCCUGUCUAGCCCAAGAAGAUUCUAACCAUGUCAAGCAGGGAAUGGAAAGCCACGGGAAGUGCUGGCAUGCACACAAGGCUGGAUCCAAAUCUCAUACCAGACGACACCCAGAACCCAGAUGCAGUCAUCCCAGCUGACCAAGAAGUCAUUGAUAUCACUGAUGAGGACAUUACUUCCUCUGGAACAGAAGGGCAACAGGCCAGGAAGGAAAUACAGGAUUUAUUUGAAGAAUUUGAAGAGCCCAUUAAGCACUUCCUUGAGGGGAACAGAGAAAGAUUCACAGCGAUCAUCGCUGCCUCUUUCGAAACCAUGGAGCAGAAAGUUGAGGAUGUUCUCAAAAGACAGUGUGAACAAAGGCAGAACCUUUAUCAGGACUAUUCACUUCAGAUUAUGAAUUUGAGUAGGAAGCUAUCCAAGGAUGCAGAUCAAGUCAAGAAACAUGCAGAAAAACUCACUACUAUGUUUAAGGAGCAACGGAUAUUCAUUCAGCAGACUCUGAUUCUUCAGAAGAGUAGAAUGGAAGAAUUUAAGUCACUGUGUGAACAGUACUUGGAGAAAUUUCAGAUCCUGAGGGAUUCCAGGGGAGACUCUGUGGCUGAAGAACUGAGACACCUAAUUGCCACCUUGGAAAUAAAACUCCUGAUGGUGAACCACCAGCAAGAGAGUGCUGCUGCUCAACAGUCUCUCCUGGAUCUGUUAUUCUCAUGAUACUCGGAAGAAAC